GCUUUUAAAAAUGAUUUAAUCAAUCUGAAUGACGCCCUGAUUUUGUUUUUCUAGAAAUCAAAAUUUUAGGUAUGUUUAACACAUAGUAUUAAAAUAUAAAAUAAAAAGUAUCACGUUCCCAUCCCCUUUUAAAUACAGCAAUGCCGAAUCAAAACGAUAGCCUCUUCCUCCUCGAGGUGCUCAUUGAUAAAGUAGUAUUUGUGAAAAGUCCUUGUUUUUCUGAUAAGGAUUUCAGAACUUGCGUCAACAUACAAUGUCCAGGAGUCGAGCCUCUAGAAAUAUGUGAUGAUGAGCCCGGAGCAUGCAUAGCAAAAAGCACCGGUCCUUUUAUAAAAUCAUUUAACAAUGGAAAAUCCUGCCUGUUUUCUCUCACUGAGAGUGAUAUUUCGAAAGCCAUGGCUAAGUAUCCAAUAAAGAUAUCAGUGUAUAAAUCCUUGCCAUGCGGCUGUCUCCCUACUAAAAUAACAAUGGGAGAAUGUGAAAUUGAUAUGACUAAAGAAUUCGUGGAAGCGCGCAAAACCUUUCUGGAAGAUCCAACGAAUGUUAGCUAUCAAGCUCUUAAAGAUUCAUUCCGGAUUGUCGGACCCGAUGGUUCCGAAACCGGGGAAAUCGUCAUGUUUUUGCGUAUAUCUUGUUUUGGCAACCUUAUUAUCACUAAAUUCCAAGGACCAGGUGGUUCACCAAACCUCGGAAAUGAGAGAGGUUCUGCUAUCGUCGAUAGAUCAUGCGCACCGAACAAAGAUUUUCAAAGUAUACAAGACCCGUGCGCAUGCGGUGCAGCACGAGGGUCGGUUGGUGGUACAACUGGUGCAGGACAGCCUUGCGACGUAAGAGGUGGAACUGGAGUUUGUACGCCAGCUAGAGAUCCUUAUAACAGUAUGCCUUGCGAAAAUCCUGAUGAUCCUUGUUACUGUUCGGGACCUAAAUCACAGCCCAAGGAACAAAUGGUGUGUCGCAAUACUGACCAGUAUUGUUUACACGUACCUAAAGGUACCUGGCUGAAAAUGCCGUCUUAUCAAGAAUUGAAGAAUGAAAAAUCAUUGAUAAAUAUUAAACAUAAUCUUCAAAACGACUUCUCCAAAGAACAUAUUAACAAAACACAGCUGAAUAUUUUAGAUUAUUUAAAAUUAUUAAAUGCUGUACAUGGAGUUCCUUCUGGAAAACAUAUACGAUAUACUUUCGCUCCUGAAUUGAAAUCAACAUUUUCAAAAACAGAGUCAAAUAAAGGCUCAAUGACCUUUAAUGAAUCGGAAUAUAGUUGGGAAUCUUAUACUUCAGUCAUAAAUCCACCUAUUCGAAAUACUAGUAAUAUCACAAAUAAAGGCCUAUUUGGUAUACAAGAAACUUCAGUAUACAUGACUUUAUCAGACAACUUUUGCCGUAAUCGAACUUCAAGUACACAAGCUACAGCAUCAAUAAAUAAGUGUUUUCAAGUUUCAAACGAAUCGCCUCAUUCAGCAAGUACUAUUGCCAUAUCUACAGACUACUGUUCAACUUGCACUGUAUCAACACUACCAUAUCGUGCGUCUAAACAAGUACCAGAUACCUUAACAAAUCCCAAAAUAUAUUUUUUUGGAAGAAAAAAAAAUGAAAGUAAACAAAAGGGGAUGGGAUCUACGUGUUCACAUACAAAACUACAAAAAACAAGCCAAACUUCAACUCACGCAAUAAAAAGUGAAAGAAAAUCGCCAAGAUCGAGUUUGGGGUCAGAUUCAAAUACAUCUAUGCAGAAAUCAAAAACAGUUUCAAAACCAAAACCAAGUAAGACUUCAAAAGGAGCUGCAACCACUAUAGUUACCUCUAAAACUGUGACUAUAAAAGAUGAAAAACAGCUGAAACCCUGUCCAGCUUUAAAAGGCAUGACUAAAGGGGAUAUGACGGUGACUGUUUCUCACAUAAUAAUCGGACCUAAGGAAUCAUGUCCCGUUCAUGGAAAUGAACCUUGUCAAGGACCAAAAUGUGUAUUAGCAUCAUCCGGAGAGGAACAAGGGCCAGUAAAGGUUACCUCAGUGAAUAAUCCAAGAAGAGGGGUAUUUGAAAUAGUCAUUAGAAAAUUGACCGGGGCACCAUUAGCAAAAAAUGAGUUGAUGUUAGAGUGGACCCCACCACCCUCUCGACCACCAACUUGCAGCGGUCCAUGUCCAUUAUCUUGCCUUCCAUCUGGUUCUUAUCGUCCAUCAAAAUGUAAAUUGAUAGUUUGCCGACCUGCAAAACACUCCAAAUGUUGUAAGAAAAAGCCAUGUGGACAACCAUGUAGCACACUGCCGUGCAAACCUUGUAGAAAGUGUUACAAAAAAACUUGCUGUGGUAGUCCAUGCAACCCCUGUAAGCCUUGCUUACCACCCUCAUGCUCAGCACCUUGCGGCAGGCCCGCAUGUGCUUCGCCGUGCAAAAGUUCACCAUGUCUUCGGCCUUGCCCUGUUGGACGCAAGCGUCAACGCAGGUCUCGCAGCCAACCUAAAAUUAAAUCGCAUCACAAAAGGAUUUCACCAUGUUACAACCGUUCAAAAACGUGCCCCGUCGUUCGAUGUAGUAGCGUGCCUGGCCCUUGCAUCGGGUGUUGCUCCGCGCAGCCGUUGUGCUUACCACUAAAGUGUUGUUCAUCGGUUCCAUGCAAACCGCCUAAAGCAUGUGCGAGUGCAUGUUCGUCAUGCUGCGGAUAGUUAAUUUUCCAUAGUAUAUCAAUCAUAGAUCAUUAAACUUAAAUAAUUUGAUCGACUACAUAUAUUAUGAAGGAAACUUGAAAUAAA